UUCCACUUCAACCCUUCCUAUAACGUCACGACUACGUGUGCGCUACGUCUACACAUAAACAUAUUGGAUGGGGCGUCCAUUGUGCCAUUGUUCAUCCCGGUUAAAAACGUGAAACCCGAAAGAUGGAUCGUGGGUCGAAACGGCGGCAGGUGAAGCCCCUGGCCGCCUCCCUCCUGGAGGCCCUGGACUACGACAGCUCCGACGACAGCGACUUCGAGGUGGAGGACGCCUCAGGGUCGGAGGGCAGCGGGAACGGGAGCGACGAGGACGGGUCCAAGGAGAGCGGCGGCGGCUCGGAGAACGACUCGGACGGCGGGGGAUCGGGCGACGAGGAGGAAGUGGAGGAGGAGGAAGAGGUGUCGGCGGAGGUGCAGGCGGAGGAAGAGGAAGAGCGGGGGAACGAGGGGAGCAAGGAGGUGACCCCGGAAAGCGCGGCGGUGGACGAGGAGGAGGUGGGGGAGGGGAAGGGGAAGGAGUCGCCGGACAGCGGCGGGAAGGAGGAAGGGGGCGUGUCCUCCAGGGGCAGGAGGCGGGGCGAGAAGGCGGCGGGGCAGUCGAGCGGCGGGGGCGGGGCUGGGGGCGGAGUCGGGGGCGGGGCCUCGGAGGAAGGGGGCGCCGGCGAGCCCAGGAAGUGGAACCUGCGGCGGAACCGCCCGGCCCUGGACUUCGCCACCAUGGAGGAGCUGAACGACAUCGACGACUACGACAGCGAGGACGACAACGACUGGCGCCCCGCCCCCGGCAAGAAGAGCCGGCGCGGGGGCGGGCAGAAGGGCGGGGGCGCCGGCGGCGAGGGCGGGGGGGACGGGGAGGACGAGGAGGAGGAGGACGACGAGGAAGGCGAGGAGGGCAGCGAGGAAGAGGAGGACGAGGACCACGAGGCGGAGGGGGAGGAGGACAGCAGCAGCGGCAGCGAGAAGGAGGAGAAGAAGCAGAAGCGCAAGGCCAAGGGCGUGGGCGCCUACGACGACGAGCUGACCAAUGACAGCCUGAGCCUGUCCCAGGGCAAGGGCAACGAGGAUUCCCUGCUGGCGGACCGAGCGCAGGCCUGGGGCUCGCAGAGGAUGGAGCACAUCCUGAUCUGCUGCGUGUGCCUGGGGGACAACAGCGAGGACGCGGACGAGAUCAUCCAGUGCGACAACUGCGGAGUCACCGUGCACGAGGGCUGCUACGGCGUGGACGGCGAGAGCGACUCCAUCAUGAGCUCGGCGUCGGAGAACUCCACGGAGCCGUGGUUCUGCGACGCCUGCAAGAACGGCGUCCGGCCCAGCUGCGAGCUGUGCCCCAGCCAGGACGGCAUCUUCAAGGAGACCGACGCCGGGAGGUGGGUCCACGUGGUGUGCGCGCUGUACGUCCCUGGAGUGGCGUUCGGCGACAUCGACAAGCUCCGCCCCGUCACGCUCACCGAGAUGAACUACUCCAAAUAUGGUGCCAAGGAGUGCAGUUUCUGUGAGGACGCUCGCUUCGCCCGCACGGGCGUGUGCAUCAGCUGCGACGCGGGGAUGUGCCGCGCCUACUUCCACGUGACCUGCGCCCAGCGGGAGGGGCUGCUGUCCGAGGCCGCCGCCGAGGAGGACAUAGCGGACCCCUUCUUCGCCUACUGCAAGCAGCACGCCGACCGCUUCGACAGGAAGUGGAAGAGGAAGAACUACCUGGCGCUGCAGUCCUACUGCAAGAUGUCCCUGCAGGAGCGCGAGAAGCAGCUCACCCCGGAGGCACAGGCCCGGAUCUCCACCCGUCUGCAGCAGUACCGGGCGAAGGCGGAGCUCUCGCGGAACACGCGGCCGCAGGCCUGGGUCCCGCGGGAGAAGCUGCCCCGCCCGCUCACCUCCAGCGCCUCGGCGGUGCGGAAGCUGAUGCGCAAGGCCGAGCUGAUGGGCAUCAGCACCGACAUCUUCCCCGUGGACACGUCCGACGCCAGCGCCAGCGUGGACGGCCGGCGCAAGCACAAGCAGCCCGCGCUCACCGCCGACUUCGUCAACUACUACCUGGAGAGGAACAUGCGGAUGAUCCAGAUCCAGGGGAACAUUUCGGAGCAGAAGAACCUGAAGGACCAGCUGGAGGGCGAGCAGGAGAAGCUGCACGUGGAGUACAACAAGCUCUGUGAGUCUCUGGAGGACCUGCAGAAUGUGAACGGGGUCCUGCGGAGCGAAGGGCAGUCCAUGUGGUCCCUGAUGGGAGGCAUUCUGGGACAGAAACUGAACUCCCCCGCCAUCCUGAAGGCUCCCAAGGAGAGGAAGCCCAGCAAGAAAGAGGGCGGGGCUCCGGGCAAGUCCUCCAAUCUCCCCGCCAUCCUCUACAGCUGCGGAAUCUGUAAGAAGAACCAGGACCAGCACCUGCUGCUCCUGUGCGACACCUGCAAGCUGUACUACCACCUGGGCUGCCUGGACCCGCCCCUCACACGCAUGCCCAAGAAGACCAAGAACAGCUACUGGCAAUGCUCUGAGUGCGACCAGGCGAGCAGCGACGAGGCCGAUAUCGCCAUGGAGACGCUCCCAGACGGCACCAAGCGGUCCCGCAGGCAGAUCAAAGGGCCAAUCAAAUUCAUCCCACAGGACGUCCCGCCAGAGCCCAAGAAGAUGCAAGUGAGGAGCACGGUGAAUAUUCACGGCACGCGAACCAGAGGGCAGAAGCGCAAGCGGGUGUCCAUCUGUGAGGAGGAGAAAGUGGAGGAACCGCCGGCGCGGGAGAGACGGCAGCGGCAGACGGCCCUGCAGAAGAAGCCCAAAGCGGACGACACCCGGACCGAGUGCGCCACCUGCAAGGGUCCGGGGGACAACGAGAACCUGGUCAGGUGUGACGAGUGUCGGCUGUGCUAUCACUUCGGGUGCCUGGACCCCCCGCUGAAGAAAUCCCCCAAACAGACGGGCUACGGCUGGAUCUGCCAGGAGUGCGACACCUCCUCCUCCAAGGAGGGAGAGGAGGAACGUGAGGAAGAACGUGAGGAAGAACAUGAGGAAGAACGUGGGGAAGAGGAGGGCUCUGUUAAGGAAGAGGUGGUGGAGCAGGAGAUCCCCAACUGAGAGUCUACCCCCCCCCCCCCGACCCCCAAAAAGAGUUCAUCUUUUAUAUUUCUAUUAUCACUACUAUUUUUUUGUAACCUCAUAAAAUUCCAGGCGAUGUCAUCUCCAUUUGCCUGAUGAUAGCUGGGCUUGGGGGGUGGGUGGGGGGGGGAGUCUGAUCACAUUAGAAGGCUGGUAAGGUGUUUCCUGUCUUACCCCAAUUGGGGGGGCUCUUAUUUCUGAAUGAUUCUUUGGCAGGUGGAAGGAGCAGGCAGUCACUCACAGGAAGUGGAUUUGGUGGUGAACAUCUUGUUUUGUCUGUAAUGUCUUUUUUUUUUUUUUUUAAGGGCUUUCAGUGAGGGGGAAUUAACAAGAACAUAUUUCAUUUACGCUGAGGUUAAAAUCUAAUACAGGUAGCUUAGCCACUGGGGUUAGACUGUAAUACAGGUAACCCCGUUUAUAGGGUUUGGCCACUGGGGUUAAGGCAGGAGAAUUUGGCGUAAUUGUUUAACUCCAAAAGUUAUACCCAAGUGAAACUUUUUUUUUUUUUUCAUUUUGUGUCAAUCUAUUGCACAGUUGAGCAUUCGUUAACAACGUUUAACAUUGAUACAUUUUAAAGUGGAGUUUACCGUUGGUAUUGUACACCGAAGUCCCACGCAUGAAUUUAAAAAAGCAGCGAAAGUGUUUGACAUCAGUAUUACAGUUAAAAACAAAGUGUUUGUUCAUCCGCCCUUUGAAGAUCACCUGUGUACCUGUGCUGUGUUCGUCCUCUCCGACACGAGGAUCAGUUGGGAUGGUUUUGACAAGGCCUCCCUGUACCUCUUAGAGACAGACCCUGGGUGCCACUACAUCGCCCAAACACCAGUGCUUUUCCUCCUCUGUGACUGUGGACUUUAUAUAUCGUUUUAUUGUUAUUAUUAUUAUUUUUUUUUGACUUACUACACGUUUAUGGUCAAACCCGUGUACAGUGCACUCACUUGAUCAGAACGUCCCUUCAGAGAAAAAAAGGUCCAUUAAUGGGUUUUUUUCCCGAGUGUACAGAGGUGGAGAGAGACAUGAGUUCAUUCGACGGCCAUUUUGUUUGAGAUGAGAACACGCCUACGUCUGUUCCGUUUCACCCAGAAUGCCGUGCGGCACAUGAAUCCGUAUUUAGGUAUUUUGUAAAUGGUAUAUUGCUAAAUAAAACACUCUUUAGUUGUGAAA